UGUCGUCGGUCUGAAAGGGGUCCCGUUCGACGCCAUUAUUUUGUGGAGCCUUUCCGGCCCCUGUCCGAUUGGGUUGUUUGUUUCAUCGACUUCUGACAUGCUGACACGUGAUUUCAGAUUUGGUUUUUUGUUUCACAAAAGAGAAUCAACCAACUGGAUUCAUCGUAGAAUGGUUGCCAAAAGGUAUGGUUCGAUGACGAAGUGGGAGAGAUGCCAGCCGUGAGAUCGGAGUCGGGGCACCACUUCCGGGCCUGGAGCACUUACUUGGAGAAGUCCGUGCCGUUCGGGGAUGUAUGUGGUGGGGUCCGGCCGGCAGCACUUUCACUUCACUCGGCCAGGCCGGGACCCCGCAUUUUCUUCUUACCCUUCGUUUACAACCUAACGACCUACGACAACUCGCUUCUCUUCAGCAUGAAUGGCUUCCAAAGUGCUGAUAUUCACUGGAGCUCCAGACAGCCGGGCGCUUGACUGGGCCACCCCGGAUCUACUUGUCGAAUUCGAUGAGCCCAUUGCCAGCUUCAUGGGCAUCCUCCAACCACGGGAAGAGCAGACCAUCAUCCCGGCCUCUGCUCCGACCCCUGCCGCAUGGAGAUCUCUUAGCCUCGUAAGAGAACGUAUCCCAACCGGCUACACACAACAAUAUGACUCCAGCUUCCGCUUCAACCCAGCUCACGGUCCGGAAGCAGUCGAUCAGCCCGAUGACUUUCUCACUACCGCGUCCAUAUCGUCGUCGUUUGACGAAUCGUCCGUCGUCCAUGGUGACUUGGAGUCCCAGUUCUACGAGCACUCCCUUACGUUGCAUCAACAUGUCCGAUCCUCGUACCUGGACGCUACAUUGCUUAGAGAAGCAGAGUCGCAACACUCCAUUACGUCGGCAAUGAGUGAGGAGGAUCUGGAUACGGCUUCAUUCUUGGAGACCACAGUUCAUGCUCUGGAUGGGGACGAGAACGUCAAAGAGCCCUUGACAUUCCGUGGCGGUGACCGCCUUACUGACCUCAAGGAUAUCCCAUCGGCCGCGUACCUUGUCAAGGCACAACCCCAGACCAUCACCUGCAAUCUGAUCGUCGGCAUCAUUUCCAUCUCUCCGCCGCGGUCGGUUAGCACUCGCUGGGGCUUAGACCGCUCCCUGGUCGAGGUGCUCGUGGGUGACGAGACCAAAGCUGGCUUCACCAUCACUUUCUGGCUACCCCCUGGCUGCGAAACCGUACAGGGCAGCAUGCUUGAAGGACUGCGGCAUAGGGAUGUGGUCCUCGUUCAAAACGUCGCCUUGAACGUCUUCAACAAAAAGGUCUACGGCUCCAGUUUGCGCAAGGGUCUGACCAAAGUCCACCUGCUUUUCCGAGCAAGGCUCGAUGCAACAGACGUCGGCGGUUAUUAUGCCCCUUCGGACUUAUCCGUGGCAAGAACGACGCAUCUCCAGCUGGACAAGACGCGGACAGUGUGGGAUUGGGUGCUACGGUUCGUCGGUCCCGGACCUAUCACCACCGCCGGUCCCGCGUCCACCAGGAGAAGAAGCCCUAGGAAGCGCAAGAACAACAAAGGUGCCUUAGCCUCAGCUGCUCGACCGUGGGAUCUGCCACCCCCUGAUACUCAGUAGCACGCCAGGAACACGUGGGUGUUUCAUACGAUUUAUAGAAACAGGGAGAUGAAGGCGUCGUAUUUUUAGUCAACAUCGGGGCUGAGCUUUUGGCUUGGGGCGGGUCAAC